AUGGUCGGACGGUUGGAAGGAAAGAAUGCCAUUGUCACAGGUGCGGGCGGAGGGGUUGGCCUUGAAACCGUCAUCCUGAUGCUCCAGGAGGGCGCUUCAGUCUUGAUGACCGACGUCAGUGCCUCGGCCCUGGAGAACGCCUUGAGCAAAGCGAAGGAAGUCGUCCCUCAGCAUCCCGGCCGCGUCGAAACCCAAGUGGUGGACGUGUCAAAGGAAGCCGAUGUCGAGGCUGCCGUGGAUCGUAUUGACUCCUGGGGUGGAGUGGACGUCAUGUUCAACAAUGCCGGCAUCAUGCAUCCAAAGGAUGGCGAUUCGGAGGAGUGUCCUGACUCCAUUUGGGAUCUGACCAUGAACAUCAACGUCAAGGGAGUGUGGUACGGGUCGAAACACGCCGUCAGGAGCCUUCGAAAGCAUGGAAAGAAGUCUGGCAGCAUCAUCAACACCGCAAGCAUCGUCGCCCUGGUCGGUGCUGCCACCCCUCAGGUCGCGUAUACCGCCAGCAAGGGCGCCGUGUUGGCACUGACUCGCGAGUUGGCCAUUGUGCAUGCAAGAGAGGGUUAUCGCUUUAACUCGUUGUGUCCUGCCCCGCUCAACACCCCAAUGCUUCAAUCUUUCCUCGGGGAUGACAAGGCCAAGCGGUUGCGAAGGGAAAUCCAUUUCCCCACUGGCAGAUUCGGCGAGGCCAUCGAGCAGGCGCAUGCGGUCAUCUUCUUGGCCAGUGACGAAAGCAGCUUCGUCAACGCAACCGAUUUUGUUGUCGAUGGCGGGCUGACCAAGGCAUAUGUGACACCGGAAGGACCGCCAGCCGCGGCUCCAAAGAACCUGGGAAAGUAG